AUGCCUAAUCCACACAUUUCUACCCAAGGUAUAGUUUCUAGUUUUAUUUUUGUGUUUUAAGUAUAAAAUAUUUAGAAAUUCUGAUGUAGACAGCGCGGGUGUUUGCCACUGUUUGGCAAAAGUUCAAAUUUUUUAAUUUUAUUUUUGCACUUUACAGUAUUUGUAGUUUAUUUUGCCCUACUUGCACAUAUAUAUGUAGUUUAUAUUAUUUAAUUUAUAUUAUCAUAGAGUGUAGAAAGUCAGUUUUCCACUUAGCGUGUACGUAUAUGGUAUAUUUAUUGUAUAGAGUGAUCUAUUUUAUCGGAUUAAAUGUUGGGUUUUGCACAAUCUUAUAAAGUGUAUACAUUUGACCACCAUGUAAAACUCUUUAUUACGGAAAAUUGCGUAUAGAAGGUUGGAAAUUACAUUAAUUAAACUCAAUGCUAAAAUUGGUAGCUUGAUAUUUCAGAUUGGUUCUAUCAUAUACCAGCUGCCAAAUCUAAAAACCCUCCGAGUGUGAUGGCUCCCAUUCAGUCUCAGAUACCUGGCUUAAGUAACAUACCAGAAGACUCCAUCACAGAUGAUAAUGAUCGAUGUUUCAGAAGGAAAUGGAUAAGAGAUACAGACUCCAAAUAUGUGAAGCUUGCAAAAGCUGGAGGACGAAAAAGUAAUGCCAAAGACAACCCUUGGCAUACAGCAAGGAUCUAGACAUUAGUCCAUCAUUAGGAUAGUUUAAGAAGAAUUAAAUAAUGUGAUGCUUGUUAGCAUAACACAUUCUGUAUAAUUAAAGACAGAUCAACUGAUGGAUUCAUCAUAUCUAAAAAAAUACAAGGAGAACUUCAAUGUUUUGAGGAAAGUUCAUAUAGUUGGGCUACUCACUUCUCGAUAAAGGGGCUCAAAACAUUGACGUUCUCCUUGUAUUUAGUUGUAUUCCUAACAAUGUGAAGCUUUCACUACCUAUACUGGAAUACACCAUUAAGAUUGAUCAUGUCUGUCUUGUUCAGAAAUAACUAAUUCAGUGCAUGAGAGCAAUUCAAUCAUAUAUUAUGUGAUAUUUGCCUAUACAUUAUGAAUACAUCCUCUGACUGUCCCUGAAACAUUUCUCAUCACAUUAAUGACAUGUUAUAUGUUCUAAUGAUUUAUUCCAGAUUUACUAAGUUUCAUGCCAGCUAAGCUUUCCUCAGAACCGGUGCUAUAUCCCAGAGUGGAUUGGUUUGAUCAUGGCCAGAAUGAGAGCCAAGAAGAAGAUAAGAAUGACAAACAGAAAUCUGCUUUUAAAGAGUAUGUACUGCACUGCACAUAAUAUAACAAAUUUUUCAUUGUUAGUUGAGGGUGACAAAUGUGAUCAAUUCUCUACUAGUGGCACAAACUUUGCAAAAUUUUGGAGGGGGGAUUAGGGUUACCCCCUGGCUCCUAGUGUCCACCACUGACUACAGAAUGUAGUUCAGGUGAUGCAUGUUUCAAAUUAAAACUUCAAAAAUUUCACACUGACCCUGAUGUGCUAUCUUUUUCUUUACAGCUAUGUUGUUUUACCUGAAUGGUAUGUUCAUGAUGAACCUGGUGAUGACACCACAGAGGUUGCCAUGGAAACAAAUGAGAAUGAAUUGUCCAAUGGCCAGGAGGCAAAAAAGAAACCAAUGCUGGGUUAUGAUACAAUGACAAUUUGGGAAAGGUCAGUUUGCCAGUUAUUGCCACAUUCAGCACCCCUGACCCAAAAAAAAGGAACAAAAUUCUGAAUUCUGAAAUUCUGCUGCAAUGAAUAAGUGCAGGUUGCCAGUGGCAUCUGCUGCAUGUCAGUGCUUCAUGGUGACACUUUAUUUCUCAAGAUGUCAUUUUAUUGCUCCUGCUAGGGAAGCAAAAGAAACCACAGAAGAAACAUCUCGGAGAAGAUCUGUCAAACUGCCAAAAAUUUGUAAGAAAAAUGCAUCAAAGAAAGCUUUGAAAGAAGCGAUGAAGUUGCCCAAACUGUAAGUCUCAAUGGAUGUCAAUCUUUUUGCUUAUCUAUUGAGUAGACUCAAGAUCUACUGUAGAUGAAAAUAAUUUGUUUAAUAAACGUUUCAACUCUUCUCAAGAAUAUUAAGCGUAAGUUUCUAAAUAGUACGAACUGCAGUUACUGCAGUGUAUAGGUGGGUUUUACUAAGCCCUAUUAUGAGAAAAUGUAAUAAGUCUGGAUGAAACAAGAAUGAGCAGAGUUGACAGUAGAGUAUGAUAUCAUGUAUUCGAGUGACAACAUAUCAUGAUCUAGGGACAGUUGAAGAUUACUAAAAUAAAGGUUGUAACAAUUUGUGACUGCCAAAUCAACUCUCAGCGUCGUUUGAUAUAGAAUGAAUAUUUGUGGGGUUGACCACAAUUUCAUUAGUAUAUGUGCUGUGUCAUUGUGUGAUGAAGUGUUUCAAGUUGAAUUGAACGUUCGUUUCAGAAAAAGCAACGUGACGUGUUUGGAUGACUCACAAGAUAUGAAGAAAUUACUGUCCAUGGAUUAUCAACGAGAAUGGCUUUUAAACAAAAGCGCUGAGUACACGAAAGAAAUGAAAGCACAAUUGGUGAGUAUGUUCUUCUAUCGCGUUUAACCGCCAUGCAAGUCCCAUCAACUCUCGUCAACUUGGUUCAAAAUUUCAUGAGAAUUGAUGGAGAGUUUUCAGGUCAUUCAAUCUCAUCUUCCUUUUUGUAAAACGUGGUAUUGAAAAGCAUCUACAUCAGACACACUAAACUCAACUAUUGAUACUUUUUUUCCGUAUACAGGUACUCGAAAAAGAGAGGCAAGCUCGGGAAAGACGAAUUGGCAAACGACUUCGUGAGUCACUGAAACCAAAGUAAGUCCUAGCUGUCUGGCCACGAGUCAGCCAAUAGCAGGCAUUCAAUGUUAAAUUCAGUUAUUGCCACAUGAUUAGGGUGCAUUAUUAAGUAUUGUACACAAGGAUAAUAGUUGUUUUUUUUUAUUUUAGGAAAGAAGUGAUAGAGGAGAAACCACUAUUUAAAUUAAGCAGGUAAGACAGGCAAUGGAUUCUGCCAGGUAUUACAGACGUCGCUCAGAACUACACGUCUGUAAAUCCUCUAUAUUACGCCCUCGUGGGCUUAUCUAUUUCUUGCUCGUUUGACGGGUGGGGUGGGGAGUUAGGGAGACAUGGGGGUUGGAGAGAUGGGAGUGUGGUAGGCCAUGUACGCUAGUUCAAUUUUCUUCUUUGGAUAGGGAAGGGGGCUUAAUAGGAAGGGGGGGGGGGGGUUGGUUUGUAUUCUAUAUUCAUUGAACAGUAAAGUCAUACGAUUGUAGUUAACAUUUUGUCCAAACCUACAGGUUUAACAAGGUGAAAUCAUGCGUUGAUACAAGAUGGUCAAAAUUAGAAUCCGAAGAUAAGUCCGUGGACAUUUAA